GAGACUCCGGUGACUUGUGCGUAACGCGGAUCGUUGCAGAGAUCCGCGCGGAGGUGAAUCAGAGACGCGCACAGAGAGAGAGAUAAAGACGCAGGAGAGCGCAGCACUUAUUACACAAGUGUCCUCCGUGUCCAAAGUCAAGUGAGCCUGCGAGACCAGCUCAGCCACUGCCACGAACAAAAGAGGAAGCCGAGACUCACACGCGCGCGUUUGACUGCGAGGACGCGGACCGGCUAUGGACAGGAGGAUGAACUUGAGCGGAGGCGCAGGGGACAUUUUUCACAAAACUCUCAGCGCAGUGUCCACGAAAAAAAUGGACCCGUACAGACCGGCCGGCAUGGAGCUGCCAGCCAGAGACCGACAGUCGCCGAUCAGCUGUUUUGACCAGACCGAUUCAGACCCGAUUCAGCCGGGAGGGCUGGCAGGGGGCAGAGGGGGACCGCUCGGUCUGCCGACCGGAUCUUUGUGCGUAAAGUACGGAGAGAGCGCCAACAGGACCUCUGCGGCGGAGAGCAGCGGAGGGGAGCAGAGCCCUGAUGACGACAGCGACGGCAGGUGUGACAUGGUCCUUCUGACCGACGGGAGGACGGUGGCCGCGGGGAAAGUGGACGGAGGUAAGAAAACCAAAGAGCAGAAAUUACUGAGGCUAAAUAUCAACGCCAGGGAGAGACGACGCAUGCACGACCUGAACGACGCCCUGGACGAGCUCAGAGCGGUCAUCCCCUACGCGCACAGCCCGUCCGUGCGCAAACUCUCCAAAAUCGCCACUUUGCUGCUCGCCAAAAACUACAUCCUCAUGCAGGCGCAGGCGCUGGAGGAGAUGAGGAGGCUCGUGGCGUAUCUCAACCAGGGCCAAGCCAUCUCCGCCGCCUCCAUACCGGCCACCACCGCCCUCGCAGCCCCCGGUUUAAGCGCGUACGAGCAGCCGCCUGGAUACCCGUUCCCCACCGGAGUGGCAGCGUCCUCCUGCCCCGAUAAAUGUGCCCUAUUCAACAACGCCACCUCCAACCUGUGCAAACAGUGCACUGACAAGCCUUAAACUGCACAGCGCAAAGACGCACGACAACUUCUGAGAAGAGUCGGAGAGGAAAACCUGCGGUUGAAGUCAGUAGGGUGUAGAGACAAAGCAGUAACGCCGAUUAAUACUUUUAUAUUUACAAAAAAUGCAUUCAAACGCGCAUUUUUUUAAACAAUACUUGAUUGUGUAAAUAAAUCAUCCUUAAAGUGCUGUAUGAAUGGCAGUGAAGACCAAACAGUUCUGUAGGCC